CUCUGCUCGACUCUCGCAUGCCGGCCGCCAAGCGCGGGCGAGAGGGCGGGCCGCCUGACGAGGACGCGGAUAAACGCCCGCGCCAAGCAGCCGGGCCCAGCGACGCCACUCCCGGCGACGCGCUCGAGGCGCUCCGCGCCAAACGCCAGGCCAAGCUCUCUUCCGAGCAGGCGGCCGCGGCGGAGUCUUCGUCGGCGCUGUCGGAGAGGGCGGCGGGCAAGCAGCCGGCGGCCUCCUCCGCGCAAGGCGCGACCGCCUCCCGCACCCGCGCGCCGGGCGGCGACGCCGACGAGUCGUAUUUCGACGAUGACGAGCCGCAGCAGCCGCGGCCGGCGGGCGCGACCAACGGCGUCGGCCACACCAACGGCGUGGGCGGCAGCCACCACGGCAACGGUGCCGGCAGCAGCGGCCACGCACCGGGCGAGGGCGCGGAUGCAGCGGCUGGCGAGGAUGCGGCGGCCGAUCCUCUCGAGGCGUACAUGGCGCACGUGUCGUCGCGGCUGUACCUGGGGAAGGAGGGGGACGGGGAGGAGAGGGCGGCGCAGCGCACCUCGCGCUGCGUCUGCUUCGAGAACCUCAUCUCGCCCGAGCGCGCCGCCGCCGCUGCCGACGAGGCGCACCAGGUCCGGAUGGAGACGGGGACAGAGUGCUCCCGCUGGGGGACGCUGCUGCGUGUGCACGUGCCGAGCGGGGCGGACGCGGCGGAGGGGGGAGCCCCACCCCCGGGGGGGGGGCUCGGCCGCGUCUUUGUCGAGUUCGAGGCCGAGGACGCCGCCGUCGAGUGCGCGCGCGCGCUGGAUGGCCGGCUCUUUGAUGGCCGGCGAGUGACGGCACUCUACUACCCGCUGGGCGCCUUCUACGAGGGGGACUUUGCGGACGAGGGCGCCCCGCUGCAGGCGACGUCCAUCACCUGGGACGAUAUCGUCGCGAUGAACUCGCGACCGGCCAGCUCGUGGGACACGAUGGACGGCGAGGGCGGCGGCGGCGCCGCGAGCGGAGGAGGCAACCCGUAUGGCCAGAGCGACGCGCUCCUCGACCUCGCGGAGCGGCCGAGGGCGCUCGUUGAGGAGUUUCCGGACAUGGCGGAGCAUGCGGACGUCGACUCCGACUCCGACUCCGACGCCGAGGCCGCCAAGCUGGCCGAAGUGGCGCGCGCCAAGAAGAAGGAGCUGCCGCGCGUCGACCACUCGACCGUCACCUACCUGCCGUUCCGAAAGAACUUUUACAUCGAGGUGCCGGAGAUCAAGCGCAUGAGCGACGAGGAGGUCGCCGCCACGCGCCUCGCGAUGGACAAGCUCAAGGUGCGCGGCAAGCGCGUGCCCAAGCCGAUCAAGAAGUGGACGCAGUGCGGCCUCUCCGACGCCGUCCUCGCCGUCAUCGAGAAGAGCGGCUACGCGGCGCCCUUCCCGAUCCAGUCGCAGGCACUGCCCACGAUCAUGCAGGACGUCAUCGCCAUCGCCAAGACCGGCUCCGGCAAGACGAUGGGCUACACGCUGCCGAUGUUGCGACACGUGCUCGACCAGCCGCCGCUCGAGAAGAACGACGGGCCGAUCUCUCUCAUCAUGGUCCCGACGCGCGAGCUCGCCAUGCAGGUCUACCGCGAGGUGCACAAGUUCGCGCGGCUCACCCGCAUCCGCGUGGUCCCGGUGUACGGCGGCGCCGGCAUCAAGCAGCAGAUCUCCGAGCUGCGGCGCGGCGCCGAGGUCGUCGUCUGCACGCCAGGCCGGAUGAUUGACAUGCUCACCGCCAACGGCGGCCGCGUCACCAACCUGCAGCGCGUCACGUACGUGGUGCAGAGCGAGCUGCUCAAGGCGGCCGCCAAGGCGGGCGCCGGCGCCGCCGCCGCGUCCGUCUCGGGAGCCGCAGCGCCUUCGGCCGCGCCGCUGCCGCCGCCCACGAACCCGCGGCUGGCCAACCUGCCCGAAGCGACGCAGCGCGCGAUCGCCGCCGCCACAGCAAAGGCGCAGCUCGCGGCGAACAAGUUUGCGCUGCCCGGGGCGGCCGGCGCCAGCGCCGCGCCGACGCUGAUGGCGCCGCUGAUGCCGCAGCGGCACGUCUCGGAGCUGGAGAUCAACGACUACCCGCAGACGGCGCGGUUCAAGGUCACGAGCCGCGAGACGAUCCAGGGCAUCGAGGAGUGGACCAAGGCGGCAGUCAUCACUAAGGGCACCUACUACCCGCCCGGCCGCAACGCGCCGCCCGGCGAGCGCAAGCUCUACUUGCACAUCGAGGCGGAGACGCACGAGGCGAUGAAGGCUGCGCGCAAGGAGCUCAAGCGCGUGCUGCAGGAGCAGUCCGUCUUCUCCGCGCCCGACGACUCGUCCACCAACCGAUACGCCAAGUACUCGGUAUGACACACCGCCCGCAGGGGUGAGCGGGAUGGCACUCGAAUUUUACGGACGCGGUCACGGUUCUUGUCUCUGGCGGGGCGCCGCGCCCUCGACUCACUCCGCACGAGCGGGAGGGAGAGCGGGGGGGAGAUAGGAGAUCGUGUACGGUGCGAGCAGUAGAGUUAUAUAAUGUAGUAUCAUGAUGUAGCCG